UUUUCAAAUGAGAUCGUCCUACUCAAGACAAAAUUCGACACAACUGCUCAACGCAAGAAGAUGGUAUCAACGAAAACGAUGAAAGCAAUGAUGACAUUGAUUGUUUGUAUUUCUGCUGUGAAUAUACGGCUUAUAGAUGGAGCAAUAGCAUGUCCGAACAGCGAUUGGAUCGAAUCUGAGACACACUGUUACCACAUUUAUCAGAGUCAGUCUGUGUGGGCGGUGGCCCAGAACUAUUGCUCAAACUUUGGAGCUAACCUCGCCAGUUUAAGCUCACAGGAUGAAAUAAAGUUCUUAAACAAAACGUUGAAUGGGAAAUUUCAAACAAUGUGGAUCGGAUUCUAUAAGCUAUCAUCUUUCGACGCUUGGAGAUGGGUUGAUAAGACUAAAGUCCAGUUGACUAAGUUGGAACCCGACGUGCCCAGAGAGAGAGAAGAUUGUGCCGCAACAUACCAUACAGCUGUUUGGCAUGAUUAUCCCUGCAAUACUAAGCUCUACGGCUUAUGCGAGAAAAACGUUCCACCAGCGACUUUCGAUAAUGGAAGCUCAGAGUGUCCGAAUAGGAAUUGGUUUAGAUUCACACAAAACUGCUACUACGUUCACAAGAGUUCAAUACCUUGGUCAGAAGCCCAAAAAAGGUGUUCAGCGUUCGGGGCCAAUUUAGCAAGUUUACAUUCAGAAGAAGAGAUUACUUUUCUAACUAGUCAGAUUCUGAGAGCUGGUGAGAUAACAUGGAUAGGUCUUCAUAAGACACAAACUAAUACACUCUGGAGAUGGGUUGAUGGUACUAAAGUCAAUUUAACAAGAUGGGACGUUGGUCAGCCCGAGCCAGAUAGACAAGAAUGCGUGUCAGUUUAUGACACAUUAGAUAGCUGGUACAUCGAUUCGUGCAAUAACAAGCAUUAUGGACUGUGCAAGAAAGCUCGUACGCUAACUACACGUAAUAAUGCAGUGCGCUGGCUAACUCCUUUCAGCAAAGAUGUCAACCUCUGCUCACGUCAUAUACUGACGUUCAGCUUGGCGCUCUGGCUACUCAACGUUUAGAUGAGCACAACAAAACGAAAUCAACAAAAAUCAAAGCAUUUGUCUCAAGAAAGUUAAUGGAAACAACAAUGAUAGAAACAAUUAUUUCAUUUUAUAAACCUAUGUCGUAUGCUAUUUAUGUUUUUAAAGUGGACGAAUCAUGAGUUUUACUACU